AUGGCUUUUGUGAAAGACCAGAAGACCGAGGCUUACUUCAAGCGUGUUGAAGUGAGGUUUAAGAGAAGAAGGGCUGGGAAGAUUGAUUAUCAGGCUAGGAUUUACCUCAUAAAUCAGGAUAAAAGUAAAUAUAACACUCCCAAAUAUCAAUUUGUUGUUCGAUUUACAAAUGAGGAUAUCAUCGCACGAAUAGUAUCUGCAAGCAUUGCAUGUGAUAUGGUCAUGGCAGCAGCAUAUGCCCAUGAGCUAACUUGCUAUGGUUUAGAAGUUGGUCUCACUAACUAUGCUGCAGUAUACUGCACUGGCCUUCUUGUGGCCCGCUGUGUGUUGAAGAUGCUUGAAAUAUAUCAAGGAAAUGUUAAGGUCACCGGGGAGGACUUUUCAGUGGAGCCAGCUGAGAGUAGGAGGCCAUUCCGCGCUCGCUUGGAUAUUGGUCUUCUUAGAACCACCACUGGAAAUUGUGUUUUGGGUGCUCUCAAGGGAGCAUUAGAUGGUGGUCUUGAUUUUCCUCACAGUGAGAAGCGCUUUGCUGGUUCCAAGAAUGAUGACAAGCAACUUGAUGCAGAGGCUUAUAGGAAGUAUAUUUUCAGUGGUCAUGUUGCCUCCUACAUGAGGAGUUUGAUGGAGGAUGAACCUGAGAAAGACCAGUCACACUUUAGCGCCUACCUAAAGAAAGAAUUCGAGGCUGAUGAGAUAGAGUAG